AUGGAUAUCUUCUCAAGUCCGCCAAACCACACAUUAAGAGUAGGUGCAGAUAUUAACUUGACUUGCAUAGCUUGGCCAAGGUAUGACCACCGGCUUUAUCCAAGGAGAUGGACCAAGUAUAUUCAGUGGUAUGAUCCUCAGGGCAGAUCAGUUGGAGCCAAAUGCCUGCAGGGUACAUCAAAAGUCAUAAAGCUACGCUGCACAUUAAUACUCAAGAGGUUGAUUAUGGAACAGUUUGGAAACUACACUUGUGAGGCUCAGAAUGAUUAUGAGGGAUACUGCAGGCAAAAAGUUGUCGAAAUUGAGCCGCAAGGUAGGCAAAACAUAUAAAGUAAUCACCUCGAGAAGCAAUAAGGUAAUUGAUGACAUGAGUUAAAUCGUAUAAUAGGGUAUUGUUUGUGAGCACACAUUUGCGUAGAAAUUUCAUAAUAAAGUAAAUUGGCAAAUGCGGUGCCGGCAUAAAGCUCAUUCUAAUCUGCCGGUCUUUAAUCAUACUGACUGACUCCAAUUAAAGUUUGGCAAAUCAGUGAUAAGUAGAAGAGGAAAAAUUUUUUAUUUUCGAAACAGCAUUAAAACUAUAAAAGCUUAGUUUUUCGUUAGUUUCGCGAUGUAGUCACGUGUGAUGUAGAUCUCGACGUUUCGACUGCAUACUGCUAAUCUUCUUCAGGCGAUGAGGUCGACUGAUCAUGCGUGAUCUUAUAAAGUAUGAUGCUCUGCUGUGAUUAAUUAUUAUUCAAAAGCUCUGAUUGGUGCAUUUUGAUCCUUGCUGUUCACUUAGUGAUUUGCUUCCUCGGCGGUCCGCUGUCGCACGGCUCUCCUGUUGUUGUGUUUUUUGAUCGUGGGCAUCCACGCCUCUGGAAUUUCUAUUCCAGUAUCCCUAUUGAUGUUGUCAUUCAUUGCUCGCGGAAACCACGAGUUAUCUCAUUUCCUGCUUUCAUCUGUUUAUUACUCUAAUUCGCUCUCACCUUACGAAACAAAUCGCAUAUCGUCUUUACAAUAGCGAUUUAACUGACAAUAAUGCAACGUUUUACCAAAUGGUACCUACCUUCCUGGGAUUUUUUUUUCACUUUCUCACAACCCCGCCAUCUAAAUCAGCUUUCUUGAAAAUAUUUCAUAUUAAAAAUAAUACUAAGUUAAAGUGUAAAACGUGGUGACAAGUGGUUUGUGCACUGAAUUGUGCGUACUAAAAAUUUGCUGCGUAUUGGUAUUUAUCUUCCAUGGACUAACCACCAUAUCUAAGAGACGUUAGGGUGCUCUAGUGGAUAAGUAACAUGGAUAGAAAAAAGACAGAAGCAUGAGCAAAAUUGAUUGGACAUGAUAGAACUUCUAUAAGGCGUGGGCUUACUAUUUCAAGAUAUCUUUACCGUGACGAAGGUCGCUUUAUCGCUUUAGCGUUUCCUUAAUUGCCUACCUUCCCCGCUUUACUUGAUCUUUACUCACUGAUGGCUUCUCAAAUUUUGCUUUCUUUCUUCAAAAAAAAUAUCCAUCGUCAUCUGAAAUUGUCGGUGUAAGCUUCCCUGGCACCAGAGAUUGUUGAGGAUCCUAAGAACCAAACAGUUGACGCUGGUUUCAACGCAACCUUUGACUGCGCCGCCAAAGGUCAUCCCAUGCCGUCUAUCACAUGGAUAAAGAACGAUGACGCACUUGCUGUACAAUCUUACAACCGGAAUAGAGUAGCUGAGAUUUCCCUCGACGACGAGCAAAUCCAUAGCCAGCUGGUAAUAAAGGGUAUAAAGAGGGAAGAUAAUGGAAAAUAUUACUGCUUUGCAAAUAACAGCGCGGGAGAAAAAGCAUCAAAGCCGGCAUUCUUGUCCACAAAGGAUCUAGGUGAGACAAAUGCUCUAUGUUUCUCUAUGACUAGUGGUUUUUGCACUGAAUUGUGCGUACUAAAAAUUUGCUGCGUAUUGGUAUUUAUCUUCCAUGGACUAACUUCCAUAUCUAAGAGAAGUCAGGGUGCUCUAGUGGAUAAGUAACAUGGAUAGAAAAAAGACAGAAGCAUGAGCAAAAUCGAUAGGACAUGGUAGAACUUCUAUAAGGCGUGGGCUUACUAUUUCAAGAUGUCUUUACCGUGACGAAGCUCUCUUAUCCCUUUAGCGUUUCCUUAAUUACCUACCUUCCCAGCUUCACUUGAUCUUUACUCACUGGCGGCCUCUCAAAUUUUGCUUUCUUUCUUCAAAAAAAAAAAUCUAUCGUCAUCUGAAAUUGCCGGUGUAAGCUUCCCUGGCACCAGAGAUUGUUGAGGAUCCUAAGAACCAAACUGUUGACGCUGGUUUCAACGCAACCUUUGACUGCACCGCCAAAGGUCAUCCCAUGCCGUCUAUCACAUGGAUAAAGAACGAUGACGCACUUGCUGUACAAUCUUACAACCGGAAUAGAGUAGCUGAGAUUUUCCUCGACGACGAGCAAAUCCAUAGCCAGCUGGUAAUAAAGGGUAUAAAGAGGGAAGAUAAUGGAAAAUAUUACUGCUUUGCAAAUAACAGCGCGGGAGAAAAAGCAUCAAAGACGGCAUUCUUGUCCACAAAGGAUUUAGGUGAGACAUAUGCUCAAUUUUUCUUAUCUUGGCAUUAAAUUUUGUCAUGAAACGACCAUUCCUUCCGAGAGGGCGAUGAAAGUACUUGAAAGAAAUGCUUUCAAAAGACACUAACAGAAAGUUUUUUAGAACAGUUCACUUGAAUACUGGACAUAUGUAUCACAAAGAGCAGCGCUGAGGAAAUAGCUUCCAAAUCUCACGUUCCUGUUCAUAAAAAGUUAGAUGAGGUUGUAUGUUGAUACUACGCUUUGCAUUCAUUUUCCUUGAGGGUCAAUCAUGUAGCAGAACUCAGUAUGGAUUUUACUCUAUCUAAAUUGAAGAAAAACAUCAUUUUUGCCGACUGAGCAAUUAAAUGAAAGUUGAAAUUUAAUAUUUCCUCGCUUUAUGCAAAUCUUAGCAGGCAGAUAAUCAGGUUUCAGUUUUUCACGCGAUGAGACGAAACGACCAGCAGCACUAUAUAAUGCACUUAAUAGUUCCAUGCAGUGUUCAAUCUCACUGUUUUUUCAUUGUUCUUCUUAUUUCAACAAGCUUCUUCAAAUACAGCCCCGCCAAUAAAGGAACAACAACGUUCUGUUCCCCUGGUUACUGCACUUGGUGUGUGCGGUGGCGCAAUACUUGCAUUCAUGAGCGGAUGCAUUAUGGCGUUUUUGUAUCGACGUGCAAGAAGAAAUCAUGAGGUAACACUUGUUGAGUGCAAUCGAACUUUAUAGCAACUAAAAGUUAACUUGAUCAAACGCCCACAAAACUGUUUUCUAACUAUAAUCGCUGUUAAAUAAAAUUCGUAAGAAUACUCAAAGCGGAGAAUAAGCAAUCGUUUUUGUUUUGAACAGUUGGGCAUUUCGAUCGCCAGGGCAUUUGUAACGAUGUCGAACUCCUUAAAACUGCUCUCAGUUGAACAUGUUGCACUUCUGUCUGUAUCAAUAUCAGGGCAAUGGAGGUGAGGAAGAGAUCUAUGUGGCCUGCAUAGAUAACAAAGAUUUGGCUGAGGUGAUACUGAAAAAUAGGAAUGCUGAUACGGAAGAAAGUGAGCUUUUAGACGUAAAUGCUAUCACUCCGUUGUUAGUUGUUAAAAAUAACAAUGACAAUGUGCAACUAAACAAUAAAAAGCAUACGCAUGACGACUGGAGAGUUGACUCGAUACCGAGAGUAUCGUCUGAGGAAAGAAGGACUCCGAUUCCACUAGAUGUCGGAGAUAAACAUUUCCUAAAUUCCAUCUCUGAUCAAAAAGGCUAUGCAGAAGAGUUGUUUAACUCACGAAAUGGUCACCAAAGUGUCGAAGAUGGCUGUUGUCACCGUGAUGUCAACAUUAUUUCGUAUCAAGACAGUGGGAUGGAUAGUGACAAAGAUAGCGAUGAAAUACAAACAUCUCUCUUCACUGAGAUAGAGGAGAGCGAAAAAAACCAAGGUACUCUCGAAGUACUCGAUGAGGUACUAGGUGAAGGAGAAUAUGGAAUCGUUUACAAAGGUCGCUAUGGUGGAAGGAAUGGUAGCAUUACUGAUGUUGCAGUAAAGAAGUUGAAAGGUAUGCAUAAGGAUCCUAUUCUAUUGGCUUAAAUCUUUACUCAGUUAUUGUUUUCUCGACAGUGUGGGGGGAUCAGUAAAUAAAAUUCGAUUAUACCUAUUUUUGGGACUAUUGUAUGUUAACCCAUUGCAAUCUGAAUUCUUAAACGUAAUAUCUGUAGCAAGGUGUUUAGACUGGCAGCGUAUUCUCAGUAUUCUUCGUUUUCUUUGCUUUCCACGUACAACACAACGUAACUAACUAAUGAAUAAUUAUCACCUUUGUUUACUUUUUUUCUUCAGGUAAUGCUUGCACACUUGGGAAAGCCGCGUUGCUGAAUGAGAUAAGAACGUUGAAACAGGCUGGACGACAUCCCAACAUUGUCAACCUAAUUGGAACAUGGAUUCAAGGAGGUGAGACUUAUUUCGACUAUCCAAAUAACAUUCUUGCUAAUCUACGCAAAAAAUAUGUGUUUAUUCAUGUAAUGAAGUUUACAGGGCAGGGUAAUCAGGUUGCAAGAAAACUCGAUCUCGCAGAGAUUCUAAAGACGAACAUCUCCAAGGAACUAUGCAAAGAAUUAUGCAAAUGAGCUUUGAGACGAGCACAAUUCAGCAAACACAUGGAUUUGUGGUGUUUUCAAGAUGUUAGUGAAUGAAAGUUAGACAGAUACCUGCGGGUUUGAGGCAAUGUGCGACUUCAUUGGAGUAUAUGCUAUGCACUGAUAUGCUUUUUUGCCCCGAUUUACGCCUGAAUUUUGAGAAUUCUCUCAUACAAAUCGGUAAAUUUUUGAUAUGCAAAUAUUAAUUAAGGUCGAAGAGGUCUCCUCAGGUAACGCUGUAAUGGAAAAUAUUUCAGGUGAAGUUUCCAUCUUUUGUCUGUACACUGACUGAAUACAUCAUACAAUUUGUAGCGAGAGCGAAUUCCGUGAGCUGUAUUAAUGCAGUCGCUUCGCACUGAAGAAAAUCUGUGAAAUUUACACUUUCGAUCGCUGUCCACACGGGUGGUAUGGCCAAAAUCAAUUUUAGCUUGCGACCACGCAAAAAGGGAAUAGGAGAACAAAUAAACUACUUUUGAAAUAUGUGUCCUAAACCCUUUAUUAUGGGCAAGUAGUGAAGGAAAACUUUUUUUCCGACGGAAAGUAGAGAGGACCGCUCUCAGCGAGAGCGCUACUUAAAAUUGCAAACUCAUUUUUUUGUCUUUGUCUAAUCUACCAAAGGUAUAUGGUAACUUUUGCAAAAAUGAUGCCGCCAACCCGCGGUACUCCCUAACGUGCAUGCUUAUGGCUGGUUUGAGGCUGCUUUCUCCCGUCGUCGAGUUCCCAUCAAUUUGUAGCAGCAAAUUUGUUCCUGAUAGCCAACUUUUCUUUCCUUAGAGACAAUUCUUGUCGUCACCGAAUUGGUCCAUGGUGGUAGCCUUGAAAGCUUUUUGAGGUGCAAGGGUGACGGAGGUAGCGAAUAUGCGAAUGUGCACUGUAAGCUGAAUGACCGACAGCUGCUUAAAAUUGCUCUACAUGUGGCCUUGGGAAUGAAACAUUUAGAAGAGCAGAAGGUUAGCCGGAUCUUUUCCUAGCGAAGCUCUUGAUGAAAAUUUAACUCAGUUAUUUACUAUCCGAGAAUAUUUGCACGAUAGAGAAUCGAUAUGGUAACUUUUUUUUUCAGUGCAUUCACCGCGACCUUGCCGCAAGAAAUGUUUUUAUCGAUCCAAACAUGGUGGCAAAAGUCGGAGACUUUGGAUUAGCAAGGGAAAUCACAGAGGAUGGAUUAUACAUCAAGACCUCAUGCGUAAGUACUCCGCCACUAAUUGUUACUUUUCUAACUACUUUUACUAAUACCGACUGUAUUAAAUUCUUUCCCUCUAAACCAGACAGACAAAUGGCCCCAUAUAUAUCCUGCCACAAUUGAUUUCGAUUACCUUAUUUAUGAUCUAUGGUAUAACUAACAUUCAGACAAACGGAUGGAAAAUCCUCAGAUUGGCGUAGUGACUUGUUGGCUUGUUCAUUCCAGUUUAUACAAGCUAAUGUUACAAGAUCAUGCACACCUCCCAUUUUCACAGGGUAAAGUUCCAUGGAGAUGGUCGUCUUUAGAAUCUCUGCGAGAUCGAGUUUAUACAUCCAAGAGCGAUGUGUAAGUGACACGAAAAGUAGUAUACAAAGUUGUUAUAUCCCCGAUGCAAACGUAGAGCAUCUUGGAACGAAACUGUUUUAGGAUUGUUCCAAGCCAGGCUUGAUCGCAUUGUCUGAAAAGCCAUCGUCAAAAAUAUGUAGUGUUCAGUGUCAAAGCAUGAUAAUUAAUGACUCUCAGACACUUUCAACUAUAAUUGUUGGUUGUUAUUGUUUUUUUUUUUCAGCUGUAAAUUUUCAAAUAGAAUGGGAAGGGUGGUAAGUUUUACGCUCGGUAAAAAGCUCUGAUCCCCAUCAGGAUUCGAACCUCAGACCUGGGGGACGACCCAUGGGGAAUUUUUGCUUUGUCCCAUGCUCGUGAUAAGACGAGGAACCUCUUUCUCUAUUUUCUUAACAUGUGCACCCUGAAACUAAAGGUUCUAGAAAUAGAAAAACCACUGAAUAGCCACUUUUGAGAUGUGGCCAAAAAUGCGUGAAAACGUAUUCCUCAUCUAAUGCAGCAGCACAAUACCCCCAGGAAAGGAUAAACUAACCUGGUUUCACUACUAAUUAACGAUUGUAACGAUGUUGUACAGAGAUUUCAUAUACCAAAAUUACAACAAAUAAAAAAAAGAAAGUGGUCAAGACUGACCAACCUUGAAUGACUUAAUUUUCCCGCAAAACGCUUAAAUAAUGCGAAACUUCCAUAAUGCCACGCGAAUCUCUUCAACUUGUAAUCAGAAUAUUAAUUUCAGACAAAUUCGUUCCCAUGUCAAUCAAGCGUCAGCAAGUAUAUACUGAACUGAAAAUAAGUCAUCAAUCGUUGCUUUUUGGCGUGUUUUUUUUUCCUUUUUUCCGCCCAUUUGAAGGUGGUCGUUUGGCAUAUUACUUUGGGAAAUGGCAACUUAUGGUAGGUCAUUAAAUAUUUGAUGAAGUAGAAAUGUCAUUAUAAAAGUGAAUGCUGACGACGGGAAAAGAGUCGGGGAUGCGUAUAAAUUCACAUUGGUUCCAGAAUUCCAAAAUGCUUUGUUUUAUAGCCUGGGAGAGGUUUUUGAAGGGGGGAAAAUUAGGCAAUUUUUUGAACAUUAAAUAAAUAGUAUGUCAUUCCAUAAGUCAAUCACGCUGGAUCAAAAACAUUAUUUUAAUAAGUUGAAAUAUUCUAGGAACGACAAUAAUAUUAUCAAGUUUCAUUUACAAUUUUGAGCUCACUGGCUAUAUGUCAACAGAUGUGUCAGAGGGAUAGACAGCUUAAAGCCACAUAAUCAAUUAAGCUCAAGUUACUGUUGUUAGGCAAAGUCUCUUAUUAGUUAUUUUGCUUCACAGGUGACUCACCAUACCCUGACAUUCCAACACCACUUGCCUUGGUAAGUCGGCUUUCUACGGGCUACCGGAUGUCACGUCCUCAUCAAUGCUCGGAAGAACUGUAAGCUUCUCGAUCAUUUUCAAGCAUGUGUAUUUAUGUGUUUACAUUUAUUCUAUCAGUUAACAAUUUCGACAUUAUUCAAGUAAAUAAAACCAUUUCACCUGGGAGAGGAAUUAAUAAAGGUUUGUGUCUUUUUAGAUUUGGAACUCCAUCUAGGUUACAUGUCGCUGUUCGAUGCUCUGCAGUUUGGUUGUGUUAAGAUUGUUUGAGUUGAAUGAAUAAAUAGGUGCAAAAAAAUAAAUGAAUGAUGCAACUUAUUUGUAGAUAUACGCUGAUGAGAUCUUGUUGGAACGAGAAUCCUUUGAUGAGACCUUCGUUUGCUGACAUCGUAGAUCAGCUGGAAUACUUCUUGCGAGAAGUAAAGGUGAGUGAAAUUGAAUUUAGGCACUUCCUUCCAUUCUUUCCUAUUUUUAUCAUUUAAGUAAUUAAACUCAUCACCAAUAGAUGAGUUUGGGAACUGGUCACCCCACAAUAACGCACGCUUGAGGAGGAGACCGCUGACCACAUUAGCUCGCAAUUUCACUUUGUCUAAAUUAUAUUUAGCAACAUUAUGUUGAUUCCAUUUGAUAAGAUUACAUAAUAUAAUCUUUAAGUUUUCAAAUGAGUAGACUUCUGUAGAAAAGAGUCAUACGAGAUCAAUGAAGCAGCGACAAAUAUUGAAACACUCUCCAUUGCACAAACGGCUAUAAAAAUAUUUAUGGCCAAAUAUGCUCUACAAAGGAAGACAACAUAAGUAGAAGCAUUUCUCAGAUAAAAGGUUAGUAAGAUUAAAGUGGUUCAAACGGUGCACACUGCUUUCCUAAUUAACGGUAUCUCACGAGUUUUUUCUCUAUCUCUUUUACAUCUACCGCCUUGUCACUAUUUUCUUUACUAUCUGCUGUUUUUAUAUGAUUACCAUUUUUUUUUCAUUUCAAGCUUCACUCGUGCAUCUAACCUGAAUAUCUUCUUCUCUUUGAUUCAUUAAUUUCAGAGGACAUAUAUUAACAUCACCGAGGAUGAAAUAAGUGGAAGAUUUGAAGUGAACUAG